AGUAGAGCUGACACUAGAUUCAUUAAUAUUACCCAGAAAGCACAGGUACAUCUGUAAGAUGUCUGUUAAAGAUCAGGAGCAUCUGAUAAACGUCUUAGAAAGAAAACAGACGUCUUCUAGAUGUUUAUAUCAGACCUGUUGCAGAUGUAUUGCAUGCAGAUGUAAUGUAAGUGUGCUGUCAGGGAACAUUCGGAAUCAUAAACAUCUAAUAGACGUCUUCUAGAUGUUUAUAUGACAUCUGACACAUUUCAAAGACGUAUUGCAGAUGAUCAAACAAUCAAAGAAUGGGUCUUGCCGAUGUAAAUCUCCAAGACAUCUCCAAGAUGUAUGUGUGCUAUCAGGGUAGUAUACCAACUACUUAAAGUAUACUGAAACAUAUGCUGUAGCUUUAAUUAAGCACACAUAAUAAAAUAAAAGUGAAGUAUACUUGUUUUCUGAAGGGGCAGCUGACAGAACAAACACGCAUGAGAGACAACAUCAAUGCAAAUCUGACGCAGAAUUAAUUUACAUGUGACAAACACAUGUCCAGAUCUCACACACUGCUGUGUCUCUGAUAAUGUUGAUCUAGUUUAUACUUCUGUGAGAGGUUCCUUACAUGUAUGAAGCCUGUUUAACAGGAGAAACAUGUUCUCUUAACCUGUCUGUCAUUUCCUUUCACAUAGACAUCCACCCAUACUUCAAACAGACGAUUCCUUCAUCUUACCUGUCUGGGUUUCGAACAACCCAAUUGACUUCCAUUGUGUAAACACAAACCACUGAGACAUUUCUCAAAAUAUCUUAUUUCGGUGUUCCACUAAAGAAAGCCUUACGGAGAAGUAAACGAUAUUCAGGGUGAACUGUCUCUUUAAGAAUCAAAGUCAGUGAUGUUUUCUCAAUGCAAAUAUUGAGAUUAGAGUCAUUUACAGACACAGAUGACGGGAGCAGACGGAAAGAUUGAUUCAGACCUCACCAUCUGUUUCCCGUACAUGAGAUCAGACCAGAACAGACACACAAAGCAGACGCACCGGUGAUCCUGCGUGACUCCUCCUGCGAGUGGGACGGGUCUCUGCUGUCAUGCGUGUGUGUGGUGGACUCAAACCCUCGUCCGGCCGUCACCUGGAGUGUGAACAGCAGUCACCUGCCCGACAGCUACAACCUUUCUUAUUCAUAUUCCAACUUCAUAUUGACCUCGACUCUCAGAGGGAUGUCUGACCCCGGGCUGCCCGUGGAAUGUUACGUCAUCAACUCUCUGGGCAACGACUCCCGGCUCCUGUUUGAGUCUCCGAACGGUGGUGUGUUAUGGACUCUGAUAGCGUCAGCAGCAUGUGUUGUUGUGUUUCUUCUCCUGUGUCUUCUGAUGUUCUUCUGCUGUUUCAGGACAAACAGACCGACAUACAGACCUCCUGCCAUCCAUCCGGAGAAUCUGGCGAUCUAUCGGGAGCGCACGCCGCUCUACGUCAACUGCAGUGACGUCACCAACAUCUACACCAACGGCAGUUAUCAGCUCAUCUAUCAGAACGACACGCCCAUCUUCAUACGGACUAAACAGACACAUAAGAGACGAAGACGAGCAGUGAGACGACAGCGAGCACAGAAAGAGAUUGUGAUGACGGCAGAUUCAGACACGGCCGUCUAUGUGGAGGUCAUCUGACUUCACAUGAACAAAUGCACACG